GGGGCCCCGAAGGAUGAACGGACGCCCGGAAGCCACGGGAGGCUGUGGAGAUGCGGGAUCCCCAGGAGGAGGGCGCGGGAACCCGGCCAGGCUCCCCCCGCCCCCUGGGGCCACAGCCGGCCGAAUGGCUCUGCGCGACGUGUCGGUGGCGGCGGCGGCGCCCGCGCGGGCUCUUCCGGGAGCUGCUUCCUGGCGAGCACCGCGCAGCCGCCUGCGCCGCGGGAGCCGGGCAGCCUCGGCGCCGGCGCGGACGGCCUCAGCCUCCGCCCGCGCGCCCGCGCGCUCGCCGCCCGCACCAUGCGCCCCGCGCCGCUGCUGCCGCUGCUGCUGCUCGCGCUGCUGCCCGCGCCCGCCGCCCGCGCCCGCACGGCCGAGUCCGCGCCGCCGCCACCGCCUGCGCCGCACAAGCCCGAGCGCCUGCCGCCCGCCCCGGGGCCCGCCAACGACACCCGCCCCGGCGGCUCCAACAGCAGCAGCGACGCCCUGGUGACCCGCAUCUCCACGCUGCUCCGCGACCUGCCCACCCUGAAGGCGACGGUGAUCGUGGCGUGCACCUUAUCGGCCUUGCUGGUCGGUUGCCUGCUGCUGCGCGUCUUCAGGUCAAGUCGGAGGCUGAAAAAGACACGCAAGUAUGACAUCAUCACCAUGCCGGCCGAGCGUGUGGAGAUGGCCCCGCUGAACGAGGAGGACGACGAGGAAGAGGACGCCACAGUGUUUGACAUCAAGUACAGGUGAGCGGAGCAGGCGG